AUUGCUGCGUAAUAUUAUAAAAUAAGGUGUGGCUGGAGAAUGGAUUAUAAAGAAGAGCAAGAUGGAGAAGUAGAAGCACUCAAAUCCAUAUAUACUGAAGAAGAGUUUAAUGAACUCUCAUCGACCCCAUGGAGCUUCGAAAUUACUAUUAACUCGGAACUAAACGACUUGAACGCCCAAUGUGUCAUUCAGUUUGAUCUACCAGAACAAUAUCCUGACCAGCCCCCUCAAUUUUCCCUCGUCUCUCUCGACCCCUCCUCCAUACCCUCUCAAUCUAUUCUAGACCUUUUAGAAGAACAAUCAAACGAUAAUAUUGGUAUGCCAAUGAUAUUCACGCUCACUUCAGCUGUUCAAGAGAAACUGCAAGAUUCACUCCAGCAGUCUUUAGAGGAGGAAGAAAAGCAAGCGAGAGAGAAAGAGGAGGAGGAGAAGAGAAAAGAGGAGGAGAAGUAUAGAGGGACUAUAGUUACUGUUGAAACAUUUGCUGCUUGGAAGAAGUCCUUUAUGGAGGAGAUGAACAUCAGUAAGAAAGCUAAAGACAGCAGCAGACUUACUGGUAAAGAGAUGUUUGAGAGAGAUGCCUCUUUAGCACUGUCUGAUGUUAAAUUUAUAACAGAAGAUGAAGAUGAAGCUCUUAUUGAUGACGUUGAAGUUGACGAAUCGCUAUUUCAAGAUUUAGGAGACCUUGAGUCGGAGGACAUUCUUGACAAUACCAGCUAGCAGCUGCCCUCAUGAUUAUAAUCAAUCUCAAUUUGUGUGUGUACAUGUAUGUAAUACUAUUAAUAAUUAUUAUUAUU